AUGGCGACCGCUGCUGCUGGAGGUCCCCCCACUGCGACCCUCGUCGACGGGACUGCCAUUGCGAAGUCAAUUCGCGAUGAAGUCGCAGGGCGUAUCAAAUCCCUGCAGACAACAUUUCCUCGCUUUCAGCCCCAGUUGGCCAUCAUUCAGGCUGGUGCUCGUCCAGAUUCGUCUGUGUACGUCCGUAUGAAAGCCAAGGCUGCUGAAGAGGUCGGCAUCAAAUUCAAGCAUAUUAACAUCCCUGCCGAGUCUGAAGUCGAUGACAUCGUCGAGAUUGUCAAGAAACUCAACGACGACCAGUCUGUUAGCGGCAUACUCGUCCAACUCCCCCUCGGAGACCACGUUGGUGCUGACGGCGAGCGCACUGUUACUGAGGCCGUCAGUCCUGAGAAGGACGUUGAUGGCUUUCACGCUUACAACAUUGGUCACCUUUCUUCCCGUGCAUCUGAUCCUCUCUUCACACCGUGCACUCCCACGGGCGUGAUUCGGCUCUUAGAAUCUACUGGCGUGAACAUCUCAGGCUCUCAAGCGGUGGUACUUGGGCGUAGUGAUAUCGUAGGCAGUCCCGUCGCAUCAAUGCUGAGGAACCGGGAUGCGACUGUCACUCAAUGUCAUAGCCGUACCAAGAAUCUCUCUGAAAUUAUUAAAGGUGCCGAUAUCGUCGUUUCUGCUAUCGGCAAACCCGAAUUUGUUCAGGGUUCAUGGUUGAAGCCAGGGGCUGUUGUCAUCGAUGUCGGAACGAACUACAUUCCAGAUGCGACCAAGAAAUCCGGCCAACGUCUAGUAGGCGAUGUGGACUUCACAUCUGCCUCUGCUGUUGCGUCUCACAUCACCCCCGUACCUGGUGGCGUUGGUCCCAUGACCGUCGCGAUGCUCAUGUCGAAUACCCUGAGGUCUGCAGAACGCCUUUGGGAGAAAGCACGCGAGUUGAAGCUCAAGCCGCUGAAGCUCAAUGUCCAGGCUAAAGUUCCUAGCGAUAUUGAGAUAGCAAUGGCACAGACGCCCAAAGCUAUCACUCAAUUGGCGCACGAAAUUGGCAUCUUACCGGAUGAACUUGAGAGCUACGGCAAGUACAAGGCAAAAGUGGAGCUCAGUGUUCUAGAUCGCUUGGCCCAUCGUAAGGAUGGGAAAUAUAUCAUUAUUGCUGGAAUUACCCCUACACCAUUGGGUGAAGGAAAGUCGACGACUACUAUUGGUCUCGCGCAAGCUCUGGGCGCGCAUCUGGGCCGACCUGCUUUCGCUUGCGUUCGGCAACCUAGUCAAGGACCUACUUUCGGUAUCAAGGGAGGUGCUGCUGGUGGUGGCUACAGUCAGGUUAUUCCUAUGGACGAAUUCAAUUUGCAUCUGACUGGUGAUAUCCAUGCCGUUACGGCUGCCAACAACCUGCUAGCUGCUGCUUUGGACGCCAGAAUGUUCCACGAGGCGACGCAGUCUGACAAGGCCCUGUACAGUCGUCUGGUCCCCGCGAAGAAGGGAAAGCGCGAAUUUGCCCCUCUGAUGUUCAAACGUCUCAAAAAGCUUGGAAUCGACAAGACCAAGCCUGACGAUCUCACCCCUGAGGAGAUUAAGCGUUUUGCGCGCCUUGAUGUCGACCCAGCUACCAUCACCUGGAACCGCGUGAUCGACGUGAACGAUCGGUUCUUGCGCAAAAUUACAGUUGGUCAAGCCCCUACUGAGCAGGGGCACGAGCGUGUAACGGGCUUCGACAUUUCCGUUGCCAGCGAAUGUAUGGCGGUACUGGCCUUAACCACUAGCCUCGAAGACAUGCAGGAAAGGUUGGGUGCGAUGGUUGUUGCUACGAGCAAACAAGGCGAUCCAGUCACUGCUGAUGAUAUCGGAGUCAGUGGUGCCCUUGCUGUGCUCAUGAAGGACGCCAUUAAGCCGAACUUGAUGCAAACUCUGGAGGGCACUCCCGUUUUUGUACACGCAGGUCCAUUCGCUAACAUCGCUCACGGCAACUCUUCUGUAUUGGCAGAUCGCGUGGCCCUCAAACUUGCGGGUACCGAGGAAGGAGAUUCCCCAGACCGCGUCGGCUAUGUCCUGACUGAGGGUGGUUUUGGAGCCGACAUGGGCAUGGAGAAAUUCUGCAAUAUCAAGUGUCGCGUGAGUGGGUUGACCCCCGAUGCUGUCAUCAUCGUAGCAACCACCCGUGCGCUCAAGAUGCAUGGUGGGGCACCAGAUGUCACGCCCGGAAAGGCUCUCCAUGAAACUUAUACUAAGGAGGACUUGGUAACGCUCAGGGAGGGCUGCAAGAACUUAAUCAAGCAUAUCGAGAACUCGCGCAAGUUUGGCUUGAAGGUCAUCAUUGCGAUUAACCAAUUCUCAUCUGACACCCCCGCGGAGCUAGAACUCAUUCGUCAGGAAUCGUUAUCUGCCGGCGCUGAUGCUGCUGUAGUGAGCAAUCAUUGGGCCGAGGGCGGCACUGGAGCUCGUGCCCUCGCUGAAGCGGUCGUUGCUACGUGUGAAGGGCCUUCAAACUUCAAGUUCUUGUACGACCUGAACCUUCCUAUUACGGACAAGAUCGCCAUCAUUUGCAAAGACAUAUAUGGCGCUGAUGGCGUCGAGUUGAGUGAGUUGGCUCAGAAGCAAGUUGAGACGUACACUCGCCAAGGCUUUGGCAACCUCGCCAUUUGCAUGGCGAAGACGCAGUACUCGUUCUCUCAUGAUCCCAAGCUCAAAGGUGUUGCUACUGGAUUUACCGUUCCUAUUCGCGAAGUGCGUUUGUCCGCCGGCGCUGGAUUCUUGUACCCAUUGUGUGGCGACAUGCAGACAAUGCCUGGACUUGGAACGCGGCCCGGCUUCUGGGAAGUCGGGUUGGACCCUGCGUCGGGCAGGGUCGUCGGCCUAUUCUAG